UCCCUACGGCCUAUUCCGUACUCCUCCUGUCAGUAUUUCAAUCAUGGCGGCUGAGGGUGAAAAGAAAUCGUUGUUGAAGAAAGACGAAAUGAAACGUCAAGCCCAGGAACAGGGCGUUGUAGACGGCUUUAACCAGCUGAGACAAGAACAACGUGCCCUGACAGCAAAACUUAUUGAACUGGAAAUGGAACUUAACGAGCACAACUUAGUUGCUGAAGCACUUCAGAAAGUUGAUGGUGACCGACGCUGUUACCGAAUGGUUGGUGGAGUGCUUGUUGAAAGGACGGUCAAGGAUAUUCUUCCUGCUGUGGAACGAAACAGGGAAAAUAUUUCAAAAUCAGUGGAGUUGUUAAAUGAGAAGAUUGUACAGAAAGGCCAGGAGGUGAACGAGUACCGUGAGAAGCACAACAUCCAGAUUAGGGUCUCUUCUAAUGCAGCCUCCAAGUCCCAGCCUGCUGCAGGAAGCAGCGGUGGAGGGGGCGAGAAACCAGCAUCACAGCCUACAGCAGGAGUGUUAGUCUGACGUCCGUUUGCUGUUGUUUUUUUUCUUUUAAAUCAUUUGGCCGCAGCUUCAUGCUUCCACCUUUACUACCACAGCUGCUUUACAUGUAAUUUUAUAAAGGACGCUGAAGCUUUAAUAAGGAGUCGCAUGACGAGAUGUUUGAGUUUUUGACCUUGAUGUCCCCCCCCCCUUUUUUUUUACAUAAAAUAUUUAUAUGAA